AAAUUCAAUGAUCGAUAAGUUGUAUAGAACAACGUUCUAUAUAUAUCCAUGACCAGUUGGUUCCCGGUUUUUAUGCUGUACUUCAUUAUACUGCAUUACCGGGGUAGACACUUGUGGAUUGAUAGCAGUAGGAGAAAGAUUCGUUACAGCAAACAUGGAACGUGUAAAUAUCUCCAGAGGCUACGUCGACUGGGUAAAGACUUCGAGAGGUUGGGCGUUACAAAACGUUGACUUCUGCGCCGAAGACGUCCCUAAUCAACUUCUCAUCAAAAUCGGAGUUCCAGAUGGGAACCGCGAAGUGAGUCACGGGCGCUGCGUCAAGGUGCAGGGGACCAGGGGUCAGCGGCGGAUGUCAGUGUAUCUGUCCGAGUUCAUUGAUGUCAUGGACCUCGCGGACGCUACACGCGAUAUCCGGAGACAAGCGUAUCUUGUUGACAUACUGCGGCUGAUGUUGACUCGGUUCCUGCACAAGCUGUCUGGCUCAUCUCACCGACAACUGUUUAAGAUUCUUGAUCAGUUAGUUCACACAGUGUUAAAAACGGAAGUUGGCGUGAGGCGUUUGCAAAGAUUACUGCACGAGACACACAAACAUCUCGUGGAAGACACGAGUCGGAUUGACACGAGGAUCGGUUGUCGAAGCCUGUGGAACAGACACACACAGAACGUGUCCAACCUGCUUACACAGAUGGGAGGAUUCGUAUACACAGAGCGUGAAGAAGACGGUAAACCGCAGCUGAUGGAUCUACCGAAGGAGUGUCUCUUUGAAAUCAUGUACAAAUUGACGGAUCACAGGGAUUUGAUUAACCUUGGUUUGGCCUGUUGGGACCUGUACCACGUGACCCGUGAAGAGUCAAUCUGGCAAAAGUUGCUGGGGUUCCAUUUCUCGCCCAAGCAGGUGGCGACCUUCACGGAGUGCAUUGAGGACUCCGACGGCGACACGCUACUGCAGCUGUACCGACAUUGCUACAGGAAGUUCGGAUUCCGGAAACUGUACACGGCGGAUCAGCUCGUAAUAUGCUCGGCUUGUAAAACUCUUCACUGGCUGAAACUCGGCCACUACUGUUGGUCGGACGACAAAGACAGGGUGAAUGCCGUCAUGGAGCCCAUAUCACCCUGAGGAAUUAUGUCAGAUCCUCGGAUGACGUAAUAUACUUAAGAUUAUGACCUCACACCCGAGAUAUCAACGUCGUUACUACAUAUUUUUGGCGUUGACGUCAUAAUUAAAUGUGUUAAAUAAAGUGUUCGCGCCGGUUAUGGGGCCUUUCGUUGUAUUUAAUUUCAUGCUGUCUCAUUUUCGGAGUUCUUUGUGUUCUUAGACAUUUGACAAUGUCUUAAUAGUUAUGUGUCGUCCUCAUGCGAACAUGUUUAGACAAAACACUUAAAAAAUAAUUUGAACGAUACUGCGUGCGUCCCAUAAUAGCUUUGUUUGGGACUUAGGGCAAUACUAGUGUGUGUUUGAUUGUACAUUUAAUUCUAAGUGAAUGGUGUUAUUGACAUAAAAAAGCUGCGAUGUGAUUUUUAACUUUUGUCCAGAAAAUGAUGUCAAUGAGCAUUUAAAAUGUCUAAUAUCAUUUCAGAACCAAUCAUUAUCUUUGUUGUAAUAUUGUUGUAAGAUAGAAACUGAUUAAACGUGU